AUGGAGAUCACAGUUGCUGAAAUACAAGUAGAAAGCAAGGAUGAGAAGAGAUCAGCAGAAGUUAGUCCUCAGAAUGAGAGGCAGGAGGAAAAAGCAUCGACGCUUUGCUUCAAGAGAAGAAAGAAAGCAGCCAAAGCAAUGAAGCCCAAAGCUGGCUCUGAAGCUGCUGAUGCAGCAAGGAAGUGUUCCCCAGAAGCAGGAGCUUCUGAUCAUCCAGAGCCCCCCGGGGGGGCCUGGGCCUCCAUCAAACGCCUUGUAACGCGCAGCAAAAGGUCAGAUUCUUCAAAGCAGCAAAAGCCCUUUGAGGCCAAAGUGCAACCUGAAAUCAAUGCUGAGGAUGAUCAUUCUAAAAAAAGGGCAAAAUCCAGACUCAAGAUUCCCUGUAUAAAAUUCUCAAAAGGGGAGAAAAGAAGUAAUCAUUCCAAAAUUAUAGAAGACUCAGACUGCAGUAUCAAAGUCCAACGAGAGGCUGGAAGUUUGGAUACAAAAACUCUGACCCAAUCAGAUGACCAGGCAGCAAAGACCAAGUCGAAGCAGGAUGUAAGGGAAGAUGUCUCACAGAAAGGGAGUGAUAAGGUCUGUGAAUCAAAUGUGAACAACAGCGUAACUUCUCCUGGAGAGAAAGUGAUUUCAGUAGAACUUGAGUUAGAUACAGGGCAUUCUGCUAUUCAAACAGGAACUCUAAUCCUUGAAAAAGACAUUGAAAUGCUUGAGGAAAAACAAAGCAUUCAACCUCAGCAAGCAAGCCCACUGGAAACUUCAGACACAGAACACCAGCUCCCAGUGGUUUCUGAUGUUCCUCCCUCACCUGCAGUCCCAGAUCAACAAAUUCUGGAAGAAGCCAGAAACAGUAUCCUAGAAAGUGGACCAGACUGGAAAGACCGUGAAAGUAAAGAGACUGUUGCUGAGGACAGUAAGCCGAAAGAUACUGAACUGAGCCAGGAAUCAGAUUUUCAAGUAAAUGAAAUCACUGCAGAAAAACCCAAACCAGAAGAAAGCAAAAGAAUGGAGCCAAUUGCUAUUAUUAUCACAGACACUGAAAUCAGUGAAUUUGAUGUUAAGAAAUCUAAAAAUGUCCCUAAGCAAUUCUUAAUUUCAAUCGAAAAUGAGCAAGUGGGGGUUUUUGCUAAUGACAGUGGUUUUGAGAGUAGAACUUCAGAACAAUAUGAAACACUCUUAAUAGAAACAGCUUCUUCUCUUGUCAAGAAUGCUAUCCAGUUGUCUAUAGAACAGCUGGUUAAUGAAAUGGCCUCUGAUGAUAAUGCAAAAAGCAAUCUUCUACAGUGA